AUGCUCAAGAGCUUGAGGAAUAAAGCACUGCUUCUCUCCAUUUCGUCGCUGCCCGCACCACCGGCGUCCGACCCAAAAACGCAUCAAAAGGUUCUUCUGCAAGUCCAUGAUUUCGAAAUUGCGCUCCAGGCAAUGGACUUGUUGCUUGACGACAGGAACCAGGAGGGAACAGAACUCUUGAAGUCAAAGCACAAAGAGCACUCGCAGAACUGCGAUGAUCCCGGCGCCAUUUUCCCUUUGGCAAUGGGUGUGAUGCAAUUUAUCGAAGCCACCUUGGGCUUCGAAACGGAGGUCAUGAGCAGGGCUCAUAAGACUCUCUCCGACGCUGAGGAAGCGUCGUUGUCGCACUCAAAACACAACCAAAAAAAAAACAUCAGCACGUCGCACAUAUAUCCGCCCGGCACAGAGUUCCAGGUGACAUAUGCUGAGCUGACUCUUCUCAAUGCAUUGAUUAUGCUCUUACAAGAGAAUAAUGGAAUGGUCGAGCAAGCUAAGGCACUCAUGAAGUUGCGUCGUGCGUAUCAGAUCCUCGAUUCGACAUACCGCAAAAUCAAGGAGCUGGAGCCUCUUUUCAAUAAGAAUUUGGCCAAGUUCAGAAAACAGGCGCUCAACUCGUCUGUCAGCUCGGUCGACCUUCCUGGAUUCGAGCUUCCGACCAGUGCUUCGUCAACCUCUCUUCCUGAGGAAAUCAGUCUCAUGAAGAAUUUGGAGCAGGUCUACCAAAUGCGUAAGAGACGUAUUGAAGGCAUCAGCGCGAGCCAGGCUGGAUCCCAGGUGAAUUUUUUCAGGGACGAUCUGUCUUCAUACAACGCCAACGCUCGCCUGGUAAGCUCAUUAAACCCUGCUUCGAAUAUUUCUCGAACUGCAACGAACCCAUCUGCAAACGCUUCUUUUGCUAAUGAGAAAACCAUCAUCCAGAACACUCCGCCAGAGCUAAAAUCUUCCGAACCAGAAGCAGAUGAAGAUUUCUCAGACGCGAAUGAUAGUUUUGAGUCCGCCGAAAAUGAAAAGACUGAUUUUCACAAGACGAGUGGAAUUGACGAAGCUUCAAUCAAAAUUAAUAUCUCUAGAGCUGGAACUCCCUUGAAAGAGGGCUACUCCGAAUCCAUUGUCUCCUCCGAGACCAGCACCAGCCACUCCGUGGCUGCAGACUCGCAUUUGCAUGUAUCAACUAUUGAUGAGUUCAUUCAUUCCGGUGUUCAGCUCUGCUUUGGAAUCUUGCAGGUUGUCUUGUCCCUCAUUCCUCCUACUAUUGGUAGAGUCUUGUCAAUUGUUGGCUUCAAAGGCAACAGAAUGGUCGGGUUGAAGAUGCUUUGGCGUACCAGUAUUACCGCUAGAAAUAUCCAUGGAGAUUUAGCAUUGCUUUGUCUCUUGGUGUUUUACGAUGGUCCAAUGCAAUUCAUUGAUACCGGUUUCCAAUUGCCCGGUCAUGACGAUGCCUCUGUUUCAAGUAUCUUAGACAUCUCAGAUCGUUCCACUAUUUCUGAGGCUCAGCUCGAGAUUGUCGUGAAAAAUCCCAGCUUGUAUACUCCACAACUACUCAGAAAGGCUCGGAUGCUCUUUCCACACAACGCAUUAUGGCUACUUCAAGAGGGCCGUAUGUUAGCUGCACAAGGGCAGAUGGAAGAGGCCGUGAAGUCAAUGCAGUCUUUUACUGAUGACCCUUCGACUGAGAUUAGAAUGGAACAAGUUGAAUCUUUGCUUACUUUUGACAGAGCUAUGUUUUAUGCAUUCAUCCACGACUAUGACAACGCUGCCCGUGAUUUUUGCAGAUUAUUGGAAAUCAGUUCUUGGUCCCCUGCCGUUUACUUGUUCAUGGCAGGUUCUUGCUAUUUGGAGAAAUGGAGAAUGAUCAAAAGCGAUGUCAUUCAAUAUGCAUCUGAAGAUGAGAAACAUACCCAGCUUGAGUUUUACGCAGAAAAGGCGGACCAUUACUUGAAGUUAGCUCCAACAUAUGUCGCUGGACACGGCGACAAUGCUCCUAAAAAAGGAGGUAUAGGCGGAAGCAAUAAGCAGAUGCCUUUUGAUAAGUUCGUAUUGAGAAAGACGAAGCAAAUUGAGACUCGCCAGCAGACCACGAAACUUCUGUACAUAGAAUGUGUGGGAACUUCAUUGAUUCAUGAACUCGUUUACUUCUGGAACGGGUACAACAGAAUGCCAACUAAAGACGUGGAGUUGUCGAAUCGUAUGUUGAAGUUCUCGGCAGGUCCACAUGCAAAGUUUGAAGAAACGAUGGAUGAAGCAAUGACAAGAAUCUUUUUCCAGAGUGUUUGUCUUGGCAAGCUCGGAAACGUUCAAGCCGGUAUCGAUCUUUUGGAGACGGAAGUGAUGUCCAAAUAUAUCACUCAAGAUGUCCCAGGCACUCCUCUCAAGUUUACCAAAAUGACAUACUCACCAUACUUGUACCCAACUGCAUUGUAUGAGCGUGCAAUUUUUGCUUGGAAGCAAGACUACCAAACAAAUAGCGCUCAUGCCAUACAAGAGAGUCUUUCUUGGCUUAAGAAGGCUGAGACUGUCAGUGAUAUUGGGGAUUACGAAUUGAGUAACAGAACCAGCAUGAGAAUCAAAGCAGCAUCGGAAAGAUUAGAACAAGUCGGAGAACUUUUGUGA